UUCUCCUUGUAUCUUGUAGGCGUACGAUCAAGCGACAGUGCGCGUGAAUGAAAAAUGUUAUUUAUUUAGUCUGUGGCUCGCUAGUGAUUGUGGUAGACGUGUGACCUCCGGCACGCGGCAAAAAGUUAGUUUUGGCGCCGAAAAAUUUUUUUAAUCGAGAUUGUUUUGUGCUCUUAAUUGCUAUUGUGAAUUUGAUGUUGAUAUAUUUUCAUUGUGUGUAAAAUUGUGAUCGUUACUUUUAUGGGAAUUUACGUUAAAUCUGGUAUUACCAUGAGAAUAUUGACGUUGGAACAAAACAAUGCGAGUAAAACGCACUUUGCUUGAUGUUGGUUGACAGCCAUUUGAGCGUGAACUGUACCUGAUACAGCAAGAUGCAUCUAAAUCAUCUCCUGCAGACAACAGUGGUAUUCAUCGCUCUAUCAUGCAUCUGCAAAUCUGUUUACGGGAAGAAGAUCAAAAAGUACACGUGCCCAAUAGGUUUUUCGAUCGCAUACACAACAGACAAGGGGCAUCCCAUAUGUUACAGGCUCAAAGGACCAGAGAAAUUCACAGAUCAAUACAAAGACUGUGUGGGCAACUUAUAUACUUCCAAGCUAUAUUUGGCUUUAAACUUCACAUCACCAAAUAUAGUAUUAUGGACGGAGUUCAAAUCCUUAUACGCCGGCGGCACGUUCGUUGACUGGUCCUACACUAAAACUAUGGGCAGUGAGCUGGAUUCAUCGUUCGAAGUGAAUAUAGACCCAACGAUAGACACUGGUGAAGGGCUGUGUGUCGCUAUUAACCCAAUAAGCAAUUUUACAGCUGUGAAGUGCACGGAUAACUAUUACAGGUACUGUUUUCUCAAGCCGUAUCCAGAUGAAGAUGAAGUUUCUGACACCGGAUGUGACGGUUUGAGAGAUGCUGUGAGAUUCUGGAGUCCAGAAUCCACGUGUCUCACAGUCUUGACCGGUGUCGGAGGUGGAACAGUAAGAGCGACUUGGAAACAAGCUCAAGAUUUAUGUGCGAAAAGAGGAGGGUCCUUGCUAAAUCGUGGCUGGAGGUACUCCAAUAACCCCAUGUUUCACGAGUCAGGGUUCAAUAAUACGUACCCCUUGGGAAUGAUAAUGAGCUCCGACCUAAAUACCUUAAGAUAUGAUUCAACUAAUGAUCAGUCAGAGAUACCGAAUUCUGAUUGGAAUUUCGAGGACAAUUGUAACAAUUCAGACACUCUGUUUGGGGCUAUAAGGGACGAUUUGUGGUAUCUCGUCAAUGGCUCUUAUAUAUUCUUCGACGUGAUUUGUGAACGCAAUGUUCCAAUCAAGAACCUUAGCAUGUUACUUGAUAUUGAUUUGGAUAACAAGGUAACCCUGACCGUAAAUAAUUCAAUCACCAGCGAUAGAGUAUAUUGCUAUACAGACUCUGUGCUAAGAUAUCCUACUAAAGUUGGUAAACGGAAGAAAGAGGACACAAAUACAUUUGUCAUUAAACCAGAAAGAGAUGGCUACUACUGGUGCACCCACGUCGACGUUAGGAAUUACCACGUAGCCGAAUCAAAUAAAAAGCUAUUCAUCAGAGAAAAAGAAUCACUGGAUAACGUGUACGCAGUACUUCUGCGCCAUUAUAGAAAAAUCAAACUGGACAUAGUGGAGAAAUUGACCCGAAUAUGGGAAGUGAAACUGAAAGAGUACAUUUACUUAAGAACGAAAUACGAAAGUGUCUUCGGGGAGAUGAGCACGAAUAGGACUGAAGAGGUUCUGAAGAGUUUCAAGGAAUCGAAUCCUGGUCUGGACUUGAAGGAGAAGAUAGUGGUGCAGAAGUUGAAUGUGAAGCGGCUAUACUUGGAUGCUCAGACGGUGUUGCUUCAUGUGGAAUUAAAUCCAGAAUACAAGCCCGCGACGCCUGGAUUAUGGGAUGGAAUUAAAAUUGUCUUCAUGAAACCCGUUUAUUAUUGUAAAGGAUUCGAUUCUGUUCCCUCUGCAGCUUUGGGUGAAUCAGUUACCUCAGCUGGAUGUCGAACCCACUCUUGUAUAGGGGACUUCAACGAGGGGGUCCAGUGGGUCACCAGUGCUACUGAUAACUGUUUCACGCGAACCCCCGUAGAAGUGGACACUGAAGUGCAGUUUAGUACUGAACUACGUCAUUCUAUGCCCACGCCAAAACCUAGCAAGGGUCCACCAGAAAAGCCUAAUUCCUCAUCAUCAUCAGAAUCGAAUGAAGACAAUUCUGACGUAACAAGCACGACUCCCAUUGUAGAAGUAACAUUAACAACAAGCACUAUACCUCCCGAAGAAGUUAUUACUGUAACUUCGACUCCAGAAGAAAUUCUAACUGGAACACCUUUUAUACCGACUACUCCUAUAACUACGACUACCACGACUACCACUACUACUACUACUACUACUCCAAAGCCGCCUGACCAAGUGCUACAGCAAGUGAUGCAGGAUCUCGAUAACUUGAUCAACAAUGACUCGGUCCCUAUAUUCGUGGAUGAUAUUGGCGAUAUUUUUAAUCAGGUAGACCAUCUUCUAGAAGAUUCAGACAAUCUAGAAAUUCCUGGCCAAUUUUUGCACCUUUUAGACCGUUUAGGGUCCAGUAUAGAGCUAAAUGGGUCGAAAGUAGUGACAGCCGUUAGGAGCAACAUUGCUCUAGUUAUGGCCAAUGCAGAACCUGAUAAUCCUGUUAGAGGUAUUAGGAUAGCCACUAGACAAGAUGACAGCUUUAAUAACGAUGCCUUUGAAGUUUUUAAUGCGGCUCCCAACAACACAGCUCUCCAAUCAGACGAAAGCGAAGCUGUAGUAGUUCUACCAGGCUCCAUAUCUGAUACUAUGAGACGGGUUAGUUUCGUGGUCUUCAGGAACGACCGGGCUUUCCAGGAUACUAACAUGCACCAUGUUAAUAGCAGAGUGCUGAGUAUCAAAGUGGAGAACUUGACUAAGUUCGAGAAUGGCGAGGUAAUCGACAUACACCUCAGUCCGCUAUCAGCGAACAUAACUCGAAACCAGAGUCGAACAUGUGGCUACUGGCAAUUUCUUGACGAUGGGACCGGUUUCUGGUCCCAAGAGGGUUGUACCUUCAUCCGUUCAAAAACCGGACAAUUAGAUACUUGCCGAUGCACGCAUUUAACGCAUUUCGCUGAAAUCCUGGUGCCUAGAGCUGUUUUUCCGGAACACCAUGAAAACAUUCUCGAAUUAUUAACUGUUAUUGGUUGUUGUCUGUCCUUGUUCGGUUUAGCUUUGGUUGCAGUCACAGCUAUCAUGUUCAGGUCUUGGAGACGCGAUUUCAGCAACAAAAUCUGGCUCCAGCUCUGCAUUGCCAUUUUCCUCUUGGCCCUCUCCUUCCUCAUUGUUAUAUUCGCUCGCUUCGCCGUGUACAACGUCCCGUGUAUGAUUAUUGGUAUAGUCUUGCAUUAUUCUGUUCUCGCAUCGUUUUGUUGGAUGCUAGUUGCAGCUGUUUUGUCUUAUCGCCGCUUGGUUUUAGUUUUUACAAGGGAUGCAUCCCACAAGCUUUUACGCGCUUCCGCCUUUUCUUGGGGCAUCCCGCUUGCCAUUGUUGGCAUUCUUCUUUCAGUCGCCCCGAACUCUUACGCGGGGCGCUUCGAAGAGAAGACUCCUAGCGGCUCCUUCUGCUAUCCGUCUGGCAUCGGUCUGUGGGUGACUGUCUUUGCUCCGAUCGGUGUUGUGAUUCUGGUGAACUGGACGCUAUUUUUCUUAAUAGUCCGUUCCGUGUUUGCAUCUAGAAGGAUCCAGAGGCAUGGCGAUUCGAAUGAGGCGUUGCGUUGUGCGUCUGUGAGCUGCUUGCUCGUGUUCCUGUUCGGUCUGCCCUGGAUUUUCGGGCUUUUCGCUGCUAAUAUUGUCGCAGCGUAUCUAUUCACGCUGACUGCGUCUUAUCAAGGGUUCAUCUUGUUCUUGUUCUUUGUGAUAGGAAAUAAGAAGACACGUGAUUUGUGGUUGAAUAAGUUAAAGAUAAAGCAGACGAGGAAAGUACCUGUCACGUCAUCGACGUACUCCAACCGGAGCACGGCUUGGAGACCUAACACGAGCACCAUAGAGACGAAAGUUUCCAAACCUAAGUCUUUGUCAACGCCUGAUGAUUCUAGGUUCUCUUGACGAAGGUCUCGAAUGCCGCCCAAAAAGGGCUGGUACCUGAGCAGCUAUGAUUCCUUCCAAAUAUAGUAUUACACUUGCCGACUUGGAUUUUAGUUAGGUCUCUGUCUAGUCUUUUUACUAUAGAGCUCGAUAUGAUCGAGUCUGAAGUCUCUAGGGUAAUAGAAUAAACGGCAUUUACUAUUGAACCCAUUAUGACUUAUUAAUUAGAUUUUAAUUGUUCAUGGCCUUAUAUGAUGUAUAAAUUAUUGUAAUUUAUUUUAUAGCUUUAAGUAAAUAAAUUAUUGUCUAUUCCUAUUCUAGUAAUUUUAAUACUAUUCUUAUUAUUAAAAUUAAGAUAAUAUUUAAAUAGUCGUAGUGAUAAUAUUAGAUAUUAUGCGUAAAUAUAUAGAGCUUUUAUCGAAUGAAUGUUUUAUUAAUAAAAAUGAUCGUUUAUGUAAAGUAUCGUCAUUGAAUUACGUAAUUUAACUUCAAUGUAAUAUGAGCUAUAAAGAACUAUAUGAAAAUAUUUCCACAAUAAUAUUGACGACAGAGUGGAUACGUUUGAAAAUUAAAAUCUUAUGACACAAUUUUAGUUAAGUUUUCGUGACUCAAAACGAAAAUAAUGUAUCUGAGGCAAACUUUAUUAAUCUAAAUUGAAGGAUUUCUUUACCAAAUAUAAUUAAUAGCAUAAACUCAGAGAGUAUUAGAAAAAUUUAGACGCAAACAAGACAAAAACGUCUUUGUAGUGAAUCGAAUAAAACACAGAUGGCGCUUUAAUCAAUUUUUUGCAAUCAAUAUGUGCUAUGGAUUAUAACACAAAGCUUAAUAUUGAAACUCCAUACGUGUAUAUAAAUAUGUUUAAUAAUUUUUAAAGGCUUUAAAAGUAAUAAGAAUUAAACAAUUUCAUAUUCAUCCAUUAAUUGGCUGUAAGAUUUUGCAUACAUAAAAAAUUGAGAGAAAUCUUUAAAUUUUUUAAUUUAGAAUUUAGAAAAAUAAAAACGAUAUUAAACGCCGAUUCUAAUUGCAACAACAAAAUAAAAUAUGUAUUAAUUUUGAUACAUACUAUUUAUGAAUAAUAGCUACAAUUGUCUGAACAAGUUUGGUCUAUGGAAAUGAUUAGUAAUGUGACAAUCGUUUAAUCUAAAUUUAUUUAUAAGUGAUUGUAAUGUAAAAUAUUGUGUAAUUUAUUGAAGUUAGUAAUUUAUUCAAUUCAAAGUUAUCAAUUGGUAAGAAAUUUAAUAACUUAAA